GCUGUAUAUUCCUACCUUAUUCGGCUAUUCAGUAGUCAGUGACAGUCACAAAGAAGAGUCGAAGCACUGGUCGUUGGGGCGCAGAGACUCGGAAGCCUCCAUCUCGGGAUGGCCAGAAACUUGGGAUUCCUGGUUCUGAUUCUAUGCAUCACAUUGGUCUGCGAAGCUGCCGUAUUCCAUCCGAUCUCGGAUGCGCACCGAUCCGCCGCAUUAGAGCUCUUCACUCCGGUCGAUGGAUCCUUUGGAAGCUUGAAAGAAGCAUAUGAAGCUUUAAGAACAUUUGAGAUUCUUGGAAUUGGGAAAGAGCUUAAUAUAAGGGAUUCCACUUGCCCCUUUGUGGUGGAGACUCUUGGGUCUUCGUCUUCAAAUUCAUGGGAUAUGUUCUAUGCACUGGGGGUUAAUAGGCUACUAAAAUGCGAGAUUAAUGAGGAAGUUUACGCGGGCAUUGCUUCAAGACUAAAAGCCUAUGUAAAUGAUGCAAAUUCAUUACUCGACUUCUACUACUCUAUUGGAAGUUUGAGGCUUCUUAAGGACCUAACUUCUGAAAUUGAUGUGCUUCUAGUCGAUGCUGAUGGAAUUUUUCAAUCCAUAAAGGCGCUCAGCCAAAGUGAUGGUAGGUGGCGCUAUAGCUCUAACGACCCUGCAUCAUCGAGUACUUCUGCUGCUGGAGCAGCGCUUCAAACACUAGCUGGAGUUGUCUUGUUAGCAAGUUCUGAGAUUGAUCAGUCUCUGAUCGGAACUCUAACAAAUGAUAUAGUGAAGCUCUUUGACACUAUUGAGAAUUAUGAUGACGGGGCCUACUACUUUGAUGAGAAAGUUGCUGAUGCGCGUGAAUAUCAGGGUCCUCUUUCAGUUACUUCGCUCGUAGUUCGAGGGCUGACAGCUGUUGCUUCAGCUACUUCUGGAAGUAUAAAUUUGCCAGGGGACAAAAUAUUGGGUUUGGGAAAAUUUUUUCUUGCCAUUGGAAUUCCUGAUAGUGCCAAAGGCUUUUAUAGUCAAAUUGAGGCAUUAGCUUGCUUGGAAAGUAAUAGGGUUUCCAUUCCACUAAUUUUAUCUCUUCCAGCUACCGUGCUUUCUCUGACUAGAAAAGACCAGCUCAAGGUUAGGGUGACUACUGUAUUGGGAUCUAAAGCACCACCUCUGUCAGUAAAACUCAUACAAGCUUUCAAUUCUGGUUCAAAAGAUGCUUCUAUAAUCGAGAGCCAGGAACUCAAAUUUGAUUCAGAAAAUGAUGCCCAUUUAUUGGAUGUGGUACUAAAGAGUGUUGAUGCAGGCAAAUACCAUUUUGUAUUUGAGAUUGUGCUACAUGAUUCAGAGAACAAGAAUAUUUAUGCCACUGGGGGCCGAACGAAAGUGCCAAUAUAUGUCACAGGAGUUAUCAAAGUUGACAAUGCAGAAAUUUCAGUACUGGACAGUGAUCUUGGGAGUGUAGAAACUCAGAAGAAGCUAGAUUUACCUGGAGAGACGGCUCUUUCUUUAUCAGCAAAUCAUCUACAAAAGCUUCGUUUGUCCUUCCAAUUGACCACUCCUUUUGGGAGCCCCUUUCAACCACAUCAGGCUUUUCUAAAGUUGAGACAUGAGACCCAAGUUGAGCACAUCUUUGUCUUGGGGAACUCUGGGAAACAGUUUGAGAUAAUGCUAGAUUUUCUCGGACUGGUUGAUAAGUUUUUCUAUCUUUCGGGUAGAUAUGAUAUUCAACUUGCAGUUGGGGAUGCUGUCAUGGAGAAUUCUUAUUUAUUGGAGCUGGGCAAUAUUGAUUUAGAUCUCCCAGAACCACCUGAGAAGGCUUCCCGCGCUCCUCCACAACCUGUUGACCUUUAUUUGAGAUAUGGACCCAAAGCUGAGAUAACUCACAUCUUUAGAUCUCCAGAAAAGCGUCCACCUCCAGAGCUCUCUCUUGCAUUUUUUGCCCUUGUUCUCUUGCCAAUCCUUGGAUUUGUGGUUGGGCUAUUGCGUCUGGGUGUGAACUUGAAGAACUUCCCUACAGCAACAGUAUCUGCCACAUUUGCUAUCUUGUUCCAUCUCGGCAUUGCAGCAGUUCUCUUGCUCUAUGUGCUUUUCUGGGUGAAGUUGGAUCUAUUCACAACGUUGAAAGCGCUUGGUUUCUUGGGCAUCUUCUUGAUGUUUGUUGGGCACAGGACCCUUUCUCACCUUGCCUCAGCAUCAGCCAAGUUGAAAUCUGCCUGAGAAAAUUAGAGUUCUGUUUGCAAGGAAUAGCAUUCAGAAUGAGGAAAUACAACACCUGUAAACCGACAUGUGGGACAAAUCAUAUUGAUAAAGUUCUGUAACAAGAUACAAAUGAGUUAGUCAGAAGUUACAUCGAAACGAAAGCUUCCAUCUUCUAGGUCCUUUUCUUUCCAAGAUGACUCGAGAAUAACGAGAAUUUUAUCGUCAGUUGCCUGAACUGGCUUUGUGAAUCAUUUUUCAAGAGGGACCUGUGGUCUUGGAGCUUCUGUCGAAGUUAUUCUGGAGAAAUUUUAAGCUUUUUCCUCUCUGAGAAGAACCAA